UCUCUGAUUUUUGCUGUUUGCCGUCAUCCUUGGGAUAAAACAUUUUCGUAUUAUAUUGUUACUUUUACGAUACAGUGAAACUCUGAAACAUGUCUGACAACGAUGACGAUUAUAAUAUGUGCGAGGAAGAGGAGGACUAUGGCUUGGAAUACUCGGAAGACAGCAACUCUGAACCGGACGUGGACUUGGAGAACCAGUACUACAACAGCAAGGCGUUGAAGGAGGACGAGCCGCUGGCCGCGCUGCUCAGCUUCCAGAAGGUUCUGGAGCUAGAGGGCGGCGACAAGGGGGAAUGGGGGUUCAAAGCCCUGAAACAGAUGAUUAAGAUUAAUUUUAAAUUAAAUAAUUUUACAGAAAUGAUGGCAAGGUACAAGCAACUCCUCACAUACAUCAAGAGUGCAGUCACAAGGAACCACUCUGAAAAAUCUAUCAACUCAAUUCUGGACUACAUUUCCACCUCCAGAAAUAUGGAACUAUUACAAGACUUUUAUGAGACCACACUUGAAGCGCUAAAAGACGCGAAAAACGACAGGCUGUGGUUCAAGACCAACACAAAACUGGGCAAGCUUUACUAUGAUAGAGGAGACUUCAACAAAUUAGCUAAAAUAUUAAAACAGUUGCAUCAAAGCUGCCAGACAGAUGAAGGUGAAGAUGAUCUUAAGAAAGGCACACAGCUUCUAGAAAUCUAUGCCUUGGAGAUUCAAAUGUACACAGCUCAGAAAAAUAACAAAAAGUUGAAGGCUCUCUAUGAACAGUCCCUGCACAUCAAAUCGGCGAUACCGCAUCCGCUAAUCAUGGGUGUAAUUAGAGAAUGUGGAGGCAAAAUGCACUUACGCGAAGGUGAAUUCGAGAAGGCGCACACAGACUUCUUUGAAGCCUUCAAGAACUAUGAUGAGUCUGGCAGCCCAAGAAGAACCACCUGUUUGAAAUAUUUAGUUUUAGCUAAUAUGCUCAUGAAAUCUGGCAUCAAUCCGUUUGAUUCUCAAGAAGCUAAGCCUUACAAAAAUGAUCCUGAAAUCCUUGCUAUGACUAACCUCGUGAUGGCCUACCAGAACAACGAUAUUAACGACUUUGAGUCCAUACUCAAGCACAAUAGGAACAACAUUAUGGACGACCCAUUCAUUAGAGAACACAUAGAGGAUCUCCUGAGGAACAUCAGAACACAAGUGCUGAUCAAACUGAUAGGCCCUUACACUAGAAUUCAUAUACCAUUUAUUUCCAAGGAGCUAAAUAUUGACGAGAAGGAAGUGGAAAAUCUGCUUGUCACCUGUAUUUUAGACAACACAAUCAGCGGUCGCAUCGAUCAAGUGAACUCGGUGCUGGAACUGGGAGGGGGUGCGGGCGGCGCGGGCGGCGCUAUGCGCUACUCCGCCACCGACAAGUGGACGGCGCAGCUUGCCGCGUUACACCGCGCGCUCGCCAACAAAAUGGCCUAGCCCGGUGCCGCGCCGGUGUCACGUCGGACUUGAAGUUGCAACGGCAACGGAUCAGUGCUCAGUGCUAAUGUUUAUAUUAUUCGUACACAAUAGAAAUGAACGGAAGACAAUCACAUUCGUGUACUUCGCUUUGUAUACCCACGCUCGGCGGUCGCGCUAAGCAGGAUCACCUGCCAUGCAGCACGUAACGUAGUAUGUAACGUAACCAACCAAAUGAGUACGGCUCGUCCACGGUCACCGCGUAUCUGGCUGCGAGCUCCUGAAUCCUACUGCGAGCCGCCUUUGUGCUCGCAGUGAUACCGCCACUAGGCGGGUCGCUGCGAUCUCCCUGCGAACCACGCGCGAGCAGCAGGCUCGUGCCUUGAUACAGUAUCUGAUACAUUACAUCAAUGCUACACGGCUAGAUGAGUACCCUGCUUAGGACUGACAGUGGCGGCCGCACAUUAGUCGCUAAAACUCAUUUGUUACAAAGUCAUGCUUUCACAGCGCGAGUCUCAAGCGGACGGCACUCACGCUCGUACUGGUCCGAGACAACGUGUAAAUGAGCGGUGUCUAUGUGUGCGUUAGUCGAGCGCACUUUGUAUGUACAUUGUCUUUUGUUCAUAUCUGUUUUGUGGUACUUCUCUGAUACAGGUUAAUUCACAAUCAAUUGCCCCCGGAAAGAUCUGUCUAACCUGGCAGCAAGUUAUUGAAACACUUUUUUACGCUAAACUGAUAGCUGUACACUGAAACGGCACUAGGUACUAACGUUUUUUAAAGAAAGUGAAAGUGUACAUCUCCUAUAUUUAUCACCAUAAACUUGCAUCCAUUGGUAUGGAUAGGAAACGCAUCUAUUUAUUGAAACUAUUUUAUUGGUUUACGAGCCAUUAACGUAGCGUGUAUGAACUAAAAUUCUCAUGCAUGAGAUUAAAACACAAAAAUUACGAUACAAACUGGCACUUGGUAUUUUUAAAAUCAGUGCUAGUUGGUUCUUGUCCCUUCCAUGCAAAUGGAUACAAGUUUGCUACUGAUCUUAGCAAUGCAAUUCAAUUUAUAAUUGAAUGCAGGCUUUAUACUCACGUCAUAGACAUUUUACCAGAUUAAAUGACGGUAAAGAUAAGUGGACUGAAGAGUAAUCAUUAUACUCCUGAAGGUUUUAUAUUCAAUUGAACACUAUCCCGGUUAUUAAAUACACUAAACAAUAGCAAAUUCAAUGCCCUGUUAUAACGUCGCGCGUCGCCCAUUCAACAAAUGCAAGCAAUAUUAAUUUAUAUGGCAAGUCUGUUACCCACUUUUAUGACCGCGAGCGAUCCAUUUUCCAUAUAAGAACAUUGCAUAUUAAUCAAUGUGAUUUUCUUGCUCUAAUAAUCCAAGCCUAAUGUAGCAAUAUAUGAGAAGUUCGAGCGCCUUAAAUGGUCGGUCAUAAACGUUCAUUAACGUAGGUGGAACAGGAACAUAAGAUUAAAUGGAUGUCGGAUGUUGUGAACAAGAAUGCAACGCGUUUAAAUUGGAUUGGCUUGAUUAUACAAUCAUAAAAAAGAAUACUGUUGAUAAUUGUUGAAGCAGUACAGCAUUAAAAUUGAUCUUUAAAUUGAUUUUUCUGUUUAUAUUCAAUAUAAAUAGAUAUAAGUAAUCAUAAUGUAGAUAAUACAAUAGAUUUUGAGUCUUGAAUUAAAUUAUUUUCUUCUAUGUUGAUACUAUAAUGUCAUCAUAUAACAACAUUAUUUAUAAUCAUUACAAUGAAAUGUAAACCAACAUUGAAUUAACACUUAGUAAUUAAUCUAAGAGAUGAUUUUGUAUAACUUUACAUUAUGUUCACUUCACAUAGAGGAUAAUAUUUUGGCAUGAUUUUAGAUGCCACUGUACAAUCAAGCCAAAUCUUUGGUAAAAUUGUGUACCUACUUUGAAAGUUGCCGUUUUGUUUAUCAGCUAUCUGAUGUAAAUGUAAAUAUUUGUCGCCAAUAAAUUGGUUACUAUAAACAAAAAGCCUUGAACUGAAAGUUCUCUUAAGCCCAUGAUAGACCAAGCCAUACAGUGCCCACUUGGACGUAUCACUUAAAACGCUCAAAAAACCUAAUGUUUAUAGAAUAAUGCAAAAUGCAUUCAAGUGGUUUGGCCGAAAAGUAUGUCCUACUCUAUUCUUUGCUAAUAUCAAAUCUAAAUCCACAGGCAUACUUAAACUUAAUUAUUUAAUAACAUUUGUUUUUUGGUAACAAUUGAACAGAAAUGAAUUAUGAAAAGAUUUUUACUUCCCAGUGUAAUUAAUUGGUUGAAAAAUACAAACAUUUUAAAUAUAAUUAUUCUUUUAUUUAUUAUUAAAAAUAGUAAACUAGAAUACCAUUAUAAAACUAGUACAGAAUGGACGGAUUGAUAUAAUAUCACAGGUUAGUUUAUACAAUUCUUAAAAUAAAGUACAUUCCUUUUUUACUGGAAAAAUAGUACAGUACAAUUUAAUUAAUGUUAAGAUUGUGGUUAUAAAUGGCACUACAAUAAGUCCAUAGUAUUAAAACGAAUAUGAUGCUGAUAUAAGUCCAUUACAAUAAUAAUUUAUUCUAGUAUUAAUCAUGUUAAUUUUUGAUAUGUGCCAGAGAACACAUUUUGUGGUAAUACCCUGAAAUCCUAAUUAAGGUGCGUGUCUGGGGCAUUUACUGUGUUAAAGUGAGAUUCUACUUUGAGAGUAAUGUAAAGGCAGAAUUCAAUUGAAAACAUGAAUUUCGGUAAAUAACAAUUUCUCAUAAGAGAUACAGAACGAUUUUUCACUUGAGGCAUCUAACAAAAAACACAAUAUUACACAAAUGUGUGUAAUAAACUAAGUAAAACAUAACUCAUAAAACACUGGUCUUCUUGCUUAGUAGGAAAGUCAUACCCAUGUCUAACAUAAGCAAUUCAUCAUGCACUCAUCACAUUCUCACAGAGUCAAUACAAUUUGAAAAAUCAUUAAAAUGAUUCCAACUUCACUCUCUUUUAUAAAUAUCAAUACUGACUUGUGCUUUUUCAUAAUAACGCUCAACUAAAGUUAAAGAAAUUAAAAUACAAUGCACGAUAGUAAUUAUACUUUUCCAAAUACAUAAAAUAUCUACUUAUUAACAAACUUAAGACUCCUUAUUACAUUUUGUAAAGAGUACAAAAAGUUACUAUAAAAAGCUCUACUCCUGCUUUAAAAUAUACUUAAAUAAAACCUAAAAGUAUAUAAGUAACACUAUGUAUAAGAAUAUUAAUAUGAAAAAAUAAUGCAACUAUAAAAACAUAAGUGGGUUUUGAUACCAGCACUGGUCUUAUUAGAUUAUCUAAUGCCAGCAAAAAACCAAAUUAACCUAAGUAUAUUUUUACUAUUAUUUGAAUGACUACAAGAUUGGUAAUACCAUAUACCUUUAGCAUUCUCUCACAGAAUAUUAAAUUAUUUAAAAAAAGCUGUGUAAUAUUAU